AUGAAGCGUUUCCUCCUUCUAGCCAUCUGGACCAUACUCGCCGACUUUUCAGAAGCCAUCUCCCUCUGGGAUUCAACCGGGCCAUACCACGUUGGCUAUAUCCAACAAGUCCUGAACCAUACCACCCCCAACGAUCCCACAACGCCUGGCGACAUCUUGCUGCUGACCAUUUACUACCCCACCCCCCAAAUUCCUAACACGACGGUCCCGUAUGUUGACCCCAUAACCGCCAAACUAGCCGAAGAAACCUUCGGAUUGUCCAAAGGCUCGAUGUCCACCCUCACCACAAGACUCCAAUUCGAAGCUCCCACUCUCCUCGGUACCCGUCCCGAAUUCGGAAACGGCACGUCUCCAUAUCCAACCAUCAUCUUCCUUCCCGGCCUUGGACUCCCAUGUGUCGGUUACACCGCAAUCCAGUCCGAACUCGCCUCUUACGGCUACAAUGUCGUUUCCAUCGAUCACCCAGGAGAAGCUCCCUUUAUCCAACUUCCAUACGGCGGAAGGGGCAUUCCAGGAAGCCUCAAUGAGUCGGCGCCUGAAGUACCUAGAGCUGUUUAUGAUUAUCGCGUUUCAGACGUCCUUGCAGUGAUGAGCGAACCCUUCCUUCCUUCUCUUAUUCGCACCUACGGCAUCCCGAUCAACACGACCCACUUUGGAAUCUUUGGACAUAGCAUUGGAGGUGCAGGUGCAGCUGGAGUCAUGGCAGCGAACGAUACAAAGAUUGCAUCUCUGUUCAAAGUAGGAGGAAACAUGGACGGGACAUUCAUCCAGUACUUGAAUGAUAGCACACCGGUUACUGAUCUCGACCGCCCGUUCAUGGAAUUGGCGGGUGAACAGCACUUUUAUGGUUCAGAGUCAUCGUCUGACAGCGAUCCAACGUGGAAGUAUUUCAAUAAUGGGCAGAGUGGAUGGAGGAGGAGUUUCCAGGUGAAUGGGACGAUGCAUCUUGACUUUAGUGAUAUUCCGUUGUGGGUGGAACGGUUGGGGCAAGAGGGAACACUUGGGGCUCAGUUGGGAAAGGCUGAUGGAGUUAGGACGACGUAUAUCGUGGCUUCUAUCCUGAGGAAGCUUUUUGGGUUUGUCGAGGGCAGAAGACUGGACAGAGUGGACAGGUACGCAGAGAAAGUUCCAGAACUGUUCGUGUUGAGCGAGAAUCGACGUAUUUAA